ACAUCGGUUCUACACUGAAGAAACCAUCACCAAGAGGUGUAUCACUGAGGCGGCCUCACUGAUACACGAUAUCUAUGAAAUGUCGAAAUCUUGUUCUUUUAAAUUUCGUACGUAAGUAGAGAGUCACUUACAAAUAUUGAUGUAUUAGCUAAAGAUGCUAGAAUUAUGAGUCAAAACUAUGUAAUGACUUGGCUAUCUUAAUAAAUAAAAAGUUUGACAAAAAAAAUUGCAUAAUGUUUGGUAUUUUUUGUUCGGUUAAUUUGGCAUACAAUUUUCCACUUUUUUUUGGUUAUCAUGAAAUUCAGUUUAGCUUCAGAUUGGGGAAUUUUUGUUCCAUUUUCUCGAUUCAGUGUCAGCAAAAUAUUGUAUUUUUUUCAGUUUCAUUAUAGUUUUCAUUUUUUUUUUUUUUUUUUGAGAAAGGGUUUUCUUCUCUAUUAAUUAGCUUAAUAUUCUUUAAUCGUCACUGUAACACAAAUGAGUCAUGCAGUGGGCAAUGAAGAUCAGGACUCAAAGACAACUAACAACUAGAAAACAUUGACACGUUGGGCGCAUGCCGUUGAAUUGCAGUAAAUUAUACCUGACGCUAGCUUCAUAUUUUCUUUAACAAAGCUAAUUUGAUCUCAUAAAAAAAAUUGUAGUACCAUCAUUUAGAAUUAAAGUUGUUUUCUUUUAGAUAUAAGACUCAUCAUAUGAACAAAUAGUAGCACAAAACUGUGAAAACUUUUCUUUUUCUAGGAAUAUAUAGUAGUUAUAGAGGUUUGUUAUCUACAUGCAUAUAGUGAGAACCUUAUUCAUAUAUGUAAUGCAUAUAAGAACACGUAAUUCCACUGUGGGCAUAUGAUUACUACUUAACAAAUAAAAUAAAAUCUUUGACUAAAAAAUAAAAUAAAAAUAAAAAUCUUUUUUUUUCAAUUUUUUUUCCAAAAAAAACAAAGAAAAAUAAAUCAAUUAUAUUUUUCAGUUACCAAUUUUGGAAGUCUGUUGCUGACUGCUCUUUUGUUUCUGCGCAACACAAAAUUACAAAAUUAAAUUUUCACUGUAUUUAUAAUUAAUUAUUUCUACGUCGGUGUUACUUGGAAACAAGUUUACACUUAAAAGCUUCUGCAACCUCAUCACUAGUCAUCAGCUCUCAUCAAGAUCUCUAAUACUCUUUAAUUGCCAGAACAAGAGCAAUGCUCUUUCUCUGUAACUCCAAACUCAAGAAAACAAAAGCACUAAAGAUGAGAACAGUUGAAGCCUUUGCUCUGUCUCUCCUUCUUCUGUUCUUAGUCAAAUGGGCCAAUUCUGAUUCUAAAGUUUCUCCUAUUAGAGAUCAGUUUCUUAGUUGCAUGUCGACACAUUCUGUUUCAAGCUUUAUGAACUCUAAAAGCCUGAUCCACGAGCCAGAUUCAAGACUCUACACUGAUCUCUCGCAAACUGUAUCCCAAAACUACAGAUUCUCAAGCUUGAAUUUCUCAAGCGAGAAGCCGAUUCUGAUAGCCACGCCAAGAACAGAAUCUGAAAUCCAGAGAUCAUUGCUGUGCAGCAGGAAACUUGGCGUGCAAGUAAGGACUAAAAGUGGUGGUCAUGACUAUGAAGGCCUUUCUUACCUCUCAUCGCAAUCACCUUUCAUCGUUCUUGAUCUCGUAAAUCUCCGAUCCAUCGAUAUCAACCUCAGGGAAGAAACAGCUUGGGUUGGAGCCGGUGCAACCAUCGGUGAGCUUUACUACAAAAUUGCUAAAGCAAGCAAGAUCCAUGGCUUCCCUGCGGGAACAUGCCCUAGUGUUGGAGUUGGAGGUCAUUUUAGUGGAGGAGGGUUUGGUGCAAUGAUGAGGAAACAUGGUUUAGCCGCAGAUAACGUUGUGGACGCGCGUUUCGUAGACGCAAACGGAAGAAUCUACAACGGCAGGAGAGAAAUGGGAGAAGAUUUAUUCUGGGCGAUUAGAGGAGGUGGAGCUGCCAGCUUUGGAGUUGUAACUUCUUGGAAAGUGAAGCUGGUUAGGGUUCCAGAGAAGGUUACUUGCUUCACAAGGUACCUACCGUUUACACAAAACAUGACAAAAAUCGUUCAUAGAUGGCAAUCUAUUGCUGCAGCGCUUGACAACGAUCUCUUCAUUAGAGUCAUAAUCUACAAUUCCGGAGGAUCAGUUCAAGCUACCUUCCAAGCAAAUUAUCUUGGAGGAAUCGAUAAACUGAUUCCUCUGAUGAAUGAGAAGUUUCCGGAACUAGGGUUAAGGUUUCAAGACUGUUCAGAAAUGAGCUGGAUCGACUCGAUAAUGUACUUCAACUGGAAGAGAGGACAGCCGCUAGAGACUCUUCUUGAUAGAGAACAAAGAUACAAUGAUUUGUAUUUCAAAGCAAAAUCUGAUUUUGUCAAGAACCCUAUUCCUGAAACCGGUUUAGAAGGUAUAUGGAAGAGAUUUCACGAGGUAGAAUCUCCGAUGAUGAUCAUGGAGCCAUUAGGUGGUAGAAUGUAUGAGAUUGGCGAAACGGAGACUCCAUUUCCACAUAGGAUAGGGAAUCUGUAUAAUAUACAGUAUAUGGUGAAAUGGAGAGUGAAGGAUAUUGAAGAGAUGGAGAAGUAUGUGAGAUGGAUGAGAUUGCUUUAUGGAUAUAUGAGAGUUUAUGUCUCUGGAUCACCAAGAGGAGCUUAUCUGAAUUACAGAGAUCUUGAUUUAGGUAUGAAUAAAGCGAUUAACUGCAGCUUUGAGGAUGCGAGCUUAUGGGGAAUGAGGUAUUUUGGAAGUAAUUUCAAGAGAUUGGCUAUGGUUAAAGGAAAGAUUGAUCCAACCAAUUUCUUCAGAAAUGAGCAGAGUGUUCCUCCUUUGAUUGUUUAAGAUUUGAUUCUUAGACAACAAAAAAACAAUGUUUGUAUGUGUUUAGCCCUUAUUAUGGCAUUAUAUGUAAUGUUCAUGUGGUUUAAUGUGCAAGUGAUCCACUUAUUGUCUAUACACUUCAUGCUAUUGCUAUAUUGUGAUAGAUAACCAUCGGUUUUAAAUAAAUCAGACUUAUUUUAUUUUA